AUGGAGUCGCCAUCAGUUGCCGGUCGGAAGCGCACGGUUACCAUGAGGGAUUCCGACUCGGAAUCAGACUCAGAUACACGUCCACACACUAGCCUUCCCGCGUUCGCCAGAGCUUCAUCUCGAUCUGCGUCGCCUCCUCCUCGCAUGGGUGGCUUGGGUAGUGGGGUACCCAUGAGCCAUAUCAACCGGGUCAGCAAUCCAGGGGGUUUAUCACGAGGCUCACUGGGUGGGAAAGGCAUGAUGGGUGGAUCGUCACGGGGUGCGGCCGGAGGUGCCAACAGCUUCGCCGCGCGAAUGAUGGCCAAGAUGGGCUACAAGGAAGGACAGGGUCUAGGAACGACUGGCCAGGGUAUCGUGAAUCCGAUUGAAGUACAGGCGCGACCUCAGGGUGCAGGCCUGGGCGCAGUCAGCGAGAAGUCGAAGAAAACCCGUGAAGAAGAGCGUCGAGCAGCUGCACAGAGAGGCGAAAUCCUCGAAGACAGCUCCGAGGAUGAACGACGAAGACGACGAAAGAAGAAGGAGGAACGCAAAACCCAGGCUCGAAGCGGCACUGGUACACCGGUCCAGCGUGCUAAGCCCAAAUUCCGGACCGCGCGCGAAAUCGAAAAUGAUAUGGAGGGACUGGAAGUGCCAAAUGUUCUCAAAUCACUUGUCGAUGCGACCGGAAAGGAGCAGCGUAUCCUCACGUCGACUGCCGGCCUGUUGUCGACACAACAGUUCGUUACUCAAGAGGAAGGAGAAGCUUUGAAAAUUGCACAACGAGCCCGAAAUGACUUGGAAGCAUUCGCAGACGAGUGGAAGGGACUAAAAGAAAGAAAAGAGUUCAUUGAACUCGAAGAGGCUCAGGUGGUGGACGAAUUGGAUGCAUACCAGUCCCGGAUAAAUCACCUCACUGGUCUCAUCGCCGCAGUCGAAGAACUGGACAUCUUUGAGAACGACGAAAACAUUUUAACCAAAUUCGAUGAGAUGACCGAAAAGCUCUUAGCUGUGGAAUCCAAAUAUCAAGAUGCUAUCGAUGAGCAUCGAAUCCCAGAGACCGCCGUCGCGGCUCUACACCCGCUAUUCCGCCAGGCCAUGGAGGAAUGGGACCCUCUUCAAGAUCCUACGUUCCUCGUGACCAACCUCACCCGUCUCCAGCCUCUUCUUUCUCGCAAAAAUGCUCCAGAAGAGCCCCGAAAACGCGCUUCAACAUCACCUUACGAAACCAUGAUCUACACGCUCUGGCUCCCACGUGUGCGUUCAGCACUCUCGAAUGAAUGGGACGUCUACGAUCCAUCCAAGGCAACUGCGCUGGUCGUAGCUUGGAAGGCAAUAAUACCGCCAUUUGUGUAUGCAAAUGUCCUCAACCAAUUGGUCGUUCCUAAGCUCGGAGUGGCCCUCAAGAAUUGGCGACCUCGAAGUAGCCGACGACACGCAGGUUCUGAGCAAGAUGGAAAGUUCCCAUGGUGGCUUUUCUCAUGGCUUGAAUAUCUAGACGAACGACACACUGACCCGAAACAGCCCACUGGUCUCAUGUCCGAUGCGAAGAGAAAGUUCCGCUCGGUACUCGACACCUGGAGUCUACGCAAGGGACUAGUCGAUCGCAUUGAGAUCUGGCGGGAUGCGUUAGGGUCUGAGUUCGAUGUAUGUCUUCGCAAUCAUUUGCUGCCACGUCUUGCGCGCCAUCUACGCGAGGAUUUCACGGUGAAUCCGCAAGACCAAGAUCUCACGGCAUUCAAGGACGUUAUGCAUUGGACCCCAUUCUUCCAGCCUAAUGUCAUGGGUCUAUUACUUAUUUCCGACUUCUUCCCAAAGUGGCACGAGGUUCUCUACAUCUGGCUCACCAACGACCCCAACUACGAGGAGGUUGGUGCUUGGUACUCUUGGUGGCGUACUCAAAUCCCGGCGGAGGUCAACGAGCUUGUUAUUGUCGACGAAGAGUGGAACAAGGGUCUGCAAACCAUGGACCUUGCAUUGCAGUUGGGCGAUCGUGCCGCUGCUGAACUUCCACGCCCUACCUCAACACGAACCACACUACCUACCCGGGAGGACAAGGCGGCAAAAGCCGUUGCGGCUGCUGCGGCUGCUGCCGAACCCCGAGUCAAGGCCCCUGCCGUGGAGGAAGUUGCUUUCAAAGACAUCCUCGAGGGUUGGUGCAUGGAACAGGGACUCAUCAUGCUACCGUUGCGCGAGGCUCAUCCACAAAAUGGCCAGCCGCUUUUCCGCAUUACAGCCAGUGCCACAGGCAAGGGUGGAGUCGUGGCCUUUGUCCAAGGAGAUGUGGUGUGGGUUCAAAACAAAAAGGCCAAGGAAAUAUGGGAGCCAAUGGGCUUGGAGGAGCAGUUGGUAGAACGUGCGGAGGGCCGGUAG